AUGCAUUUAUCCGGCGGCACGAUUUUUGGGAUCCUGAGCUUGUGGGGAUACCGCACUCGUUUCUACACUGACGAAGGUCCGGUGGCGAUUAGACACUUUGGUGGUUUCGGCACACAUUCACGAUUGAUUCUGAGUCUGGGAGUUAGUAUCUAUGGACUUUGGUACUGGCUCUUCGCUGUUACGGGAAGUUUGAUAGCAAUGGGUAGCCGGCUCGAAAUUGGCGAGCUGGCCGUCGACCCGCCGAACUCGCCGGAUUGCGCAACGCUGUAUACAUUCAUGUUCGCCAAGGUGCGCGCCGAUGGCGGGAUCAGGAUUUUCUACAUCAUCGCCUGUAUCUUGUGCACGAUCUAUUUCGGCAUCAUGCUCCUUGCCUCCAGUAUUGCGGGCCGCAAGAGACUGCAAAAUAUCGUCGAGUUGGCGAGGCAGAAACGCUGGGCUGAUACGAGUAGAUUGCGUUUCGCGACGGGGUUCAAAUAUCAUGAGCUUCAAAUCAUUUACAAGACUCUGAGACUCCUCAACUUCGCGUGGUUGGUGUACUCAGCUCUGCUAAUCGAGUUCACGCUUAAUUUCAACAACGUAACCGCCGUGCUUGGAGGUCCGCAUAGCAGCGAACUGCAUUUACCGGGCCAGUUGCUUCCACUUCUCAUUGGAGCUUUUGGAUUCGUGCGUAUCUGCUAUCUGGUCCUUGAAUCCUGGAGGAGCGGGAAUGACGUCGAACCUUCACUCGCCACGAAUCAAAGAAUGAGGCUGGAAGCAAGGACUUUGCAUACGAAAGAUCUACCGCUUGCGUUCUCGCCGGCUAUGAAGAGGGAGGAGAGGGUGAGGAAGGAACAUGAGCCGGAUGAAGUCGACGAGCUGGAGAGAAGGAGGGGGAGGGCGGCGAGGUAUUUGGUGAGUUGGUUGCCUUGGUUGAGUUUGCUGGAGGGCUUUCGUGAUGAGCCUGUUAUGGGCAUCGGGAAGGAGAAGAGGUGGAGCGAGUAUAGCGGGGUGCCGCAGGAGAGGGAGAGGAUUGAGUUGGAGCGGCCACCGAGACGGGGUGAGCGAGGGGAAGAAAGAGUGGAAGGAGCAACUGGGAACGGGACCGCGGUGAGGCAUGGGGAGACUGUCUGAAUUCUCAUUGAAUGGCGUCUUGAAUGGCGGUAUACUGAGUGGAUACGUGUUUUUGGGAGCAGGAAUAAUAAGAGUUUGGUUACUUUAAGAGAAUGAAUUGGAGAGACGUUGUCGACCCUGAGCUAGUUAAGCGAGUGAAAUAAGGGGUAGCGAAUUUUAAGCAGACUUUGGGUCAAACUAUUUUCCCG